AUGCCUGAAGCAAUCAUGCCUCCCCAUAAGCGGGUAUUGGGUGACGCGGUCAACAAUACCGCCGGGAUCACGAAGUCCCCAAGUGUGCUCAAGAAACGAAAGCUGGACACAGAGAACUCAGUAUCAUUCACGCAGUCAUCCCAGCCCGCGCGCCGGAAAGUUGGCUCAACACAGCCCCAAAAAAGUCAAUUCGAGGAGGAAGUACUUGAAAAGCUAACUCAGGAUAUUGGCGACUUGAAACAGAGUAACUCGGAGAAGGAUCAACAAUGGGAGCGUCCGCCUGUCGAGGAUUUUGACCCAAAGAAAGAGAAUAUCUGUUUCCAGCAAAUCGAUGCCGAAGAAUCGGUGCUGAUGGGGAAGCCUGCUAUCCGGCUGUUCGGUGUCACCGAGGUCGGACAAUCCGUGUGCCUUCACGUUACCGGCUUCGAGCAUUAUCUUUACAUCGCCGCCCCCGUUAGCUUCACAAAAGCCGAUUGCGACCCUUACAAGCAUUUCCUCGAGCAAAAAUUGGGACAGAGCUUCACUGCAAUUUCUUCUGUGCAGCUCACGAUGCGUGAAAAUAUCUACGGCUUCCAAGGAAACCAGAAGAGUUACUACAUCAAGAUCACUGUCACGGAACCGAAAUUGGCUGCACGGUUACGAAGUGCUCUGGAGAGUGGUAGCGGGAGUAUGAAUUACAAGGGCAUGUGGAGUGGUGCAGAUGGUAUUCUCACAUUCGACAACAUUCAGUACCUCCUGCGUUUCAUGAUUGAUACUGGCCUGGCCGGCAUGGCAUGGGUAGAGGCAAUGGCAGGGAAAUACCGCCUUCUUGGCCCGCGCGAGCAACUGUCGAACUGCCAGCUCGAGGCAGCGGUCGACUAUCGUGAUAUGGUCGCACAUCAGCCAAACGGGGAAUGGGCGAAGAUGGCACCUCUUCGCGUUCUCUCUUUCGAUAUCGAGUGCGCAGGCCGGAAAGGUAUCUUCCCGGAACCAAACAUGGAUCCAGUCAUCCAAAUUGCCAAUGUGGUCACCAGAUAUGGAGAGUCAAAGCCCUUCAUCCGGAAUGUCUUCGUUCUCGACACCUGCAGUUUGAUUGUCAAUACGCAGAUUUUGGAAUUCCAAAAAGAGGAGAAAAUGCUCGACGCCUGGCGUGAUUUCGUGGAGAAGGUGGACCCGGAUGUGAUCAUUGGUUACAACAUUGCCAACUUCGAUUUCCCCUAUCUGCUCGACCGCGCCAAGCAUCUGAAAUGCACAGGUUUCCCUUAUUGGACCCGACUCAAGGGUUGCAAGACCGAGGCCAAGGAUGCAAACUUUUCAAGCAAGCAGAUGGGCAACCGAGACACAAAAGCCACAAACACCAACGGUAGAAUUCAGCUCGAUCUACUUCAGCUUGUCCAAAGAGAUCACCAAUUGAGAAGUUACACACUCAACUCGGUGUCUUAUGAAUUUUUGAAAGAGCAGAAAGAAGACGUCCACCACACGAUGAUUACCGAACUUUUCAAUGGUACUCCCGAUUCUAGACGGCGAUUGGCCGUGUAUUGUUUGAAAGAUGCAUAUCUACCACAACGGUUGAUGGAUAAGUUGAUGUGUUUGGUGAACUACACGGAGAUGGCAAGGGUCACGGGUGUGCCUUUCAAUUUCCUUCUGUCCCGUGGACAGCAAGUAAAGUUCAUCAGUCAGUUGUUCCGAAAAGCAUUGGAGCAGCAGCUUGUCAUUCCCAACUCCAAGCCUCAGGAUGAGCAAGACUACGAGGGUGCCACCGUUAUUGAACCAGAGCGAGGAUACUACGGUGUCCCAGUCGCAACCCUCGAUUUCGCUUCACUGUAUCCGUCUAUCAUUCAAGCCCACAAUCUCUGCUACACGACCUUGCUUAACAAGACCAGUGUGGAGAAGCUCAACCUCAAGAAAGACGAGGAUUACAUUGUCACACCAAAUGGUGACAUGUUCUGCACAACCAAAAUUCGCAAAGGACUCCUCUCUCAAAUUCUCGAGGAACUGCUGGGGGCAAGAAAGCGCGCCAAGAAAGAGCUGGCUACAGAAACCGACAGCUUCAAAAAGGCCGUGCUGAACGGUCGUCAGCUUGCUCUGAAGGUUAGCGCUAACAGUGUUUACGGUCUGACUGGUGCCACAGUUGGAAAAUUGCCCUGUCUUCCCAUCGCUAGUUCAACAACUAGUUAUGGUCGACAGAUGAUUGAAAAGACGAAACAAGAAGUGGAGGCACGUUACACCAUCGCCAAUGGCUAUUCCCACGACGCACAGGUCAUCUACGGUGACACCGAUUCCGUCAUGGUCAAGUUUGGCGUUACUGAACUGGCUGAAGCGAUGAAGCUCGGCCAGGAAGCAGCGGACUAUGUCUCUUCCAAAUUCAUCAAUCCCAUCAAGCUUGAGUUCGAGAAAGUUUACUUCCCGUAUCUUCUCAUCAACAAGAAGCGUUAUGCCGGACUUUACUGGACCAAUCCCGACAAGCAUGACAAGAUGGAUACCAAGGGUAUUGAGACAGUCCGACGUGAUAAUUGUUUGAUGGUUCAAAAUGUCAUUGAAACUGUGUUGAACAAGAUUUUGAUUGAACGAGAUAUUGAUGGCGCACAAGAUUACGUUAAAGCAACCAUCUCAGACCUUCUCCAAAACAAGAUCGAUAUGUCGAAGCUAGUCAUCACAAAGGCAUUGUCGAAGCGCAAGGAAGACUACGCUGGCAAGCAAGCCCACGUCGAACUCGCUGAGCGCAUGCACAAACGUGACGCGGGUUCUGCACCAACCCUCGGUGAUCGUGUGGCCUACGUCAUGAUUAAGGGUGCCAGUGACUCCAAGGGUUACGAACGAGCAGAGGAUCCCAUCUUCGUUUUGGAGAAUAACAUCCCCAUCGAUACCAAGUACUAUCUCGAUAAUCAGCUGGCAAACCCACUAGGCCGUAUUUUCGAACCCAUUCUGGGAGAGAAGAAGGCAGGCCAGCUGCUUACUGGAGAGCACACACGUUCUAUCUCCAAAGCAGCCUCAAGCUUGGGUGGACUGAUGAAAUUCGCCAAGAAAACCCAGACCUGUAUGGGUUGCAAAAAGCCUCUUGCAAGCAACGAGGAAUCAGAUGGCGCAGUCUGCGUCAAUUGUCGUCCUCGAUUGGGUGAACUUUACAGCAAGACCCUGACCAAAACUUCUGACUUGGAGGUCCGAUUCGGGCGUUUGUGGACUCAGUGUCAACGAUGCCAAGGCAGUCUGCACUGUGAAGUCAUUUGUUCUUCUCGAGACUGUCCGAUCUUCUACAUGCGCAUGAAGGCGAAGAAGGAUGUGGAAGAUGCACAGAAAGACUUGUCCCGAUUUGACCUGGAUGCUGGGGCUUGGUGA